AUCGUUCUUCUGCGUGUGCGCGAUGUUUUCCUGAUGUGCCUGUCGUCGUUGGUUAUACUUUUGGAGCUCGGUCUGCUGUGAACACAGGAAGAAAAAAUUGAUCUUGUCAAAAGAAGAGUGCAGAAGAAAAAAAAAACGGUUUUAAUAUGGUGGAACAACACUCGAUAGUUGGAAGAAAGUGAUCCAGUGUCAUGUUUUAAUGUUUUAAUCGAUAACAACUCUCAACAGAAGCAGGAAAUUGUUAGUUUUACGUACCCUGAACGGGAACCAGCCCAUUUCUGGAUUGGAUUAAGUGUUCGAGAAAAUGAAUAUAAUUUUCUUCGACAACGAAAUUGGCACAAUUCACCGACAUCACAAGCAACGUCAUCACACCGUAGAAUCAACAUCGUCAUCAACAACAACUUUACCGGCAGCGCUAUCACAAUGCAAUCGUCAACCGAAGCAACAGUCGUCGCUGUCGGCUCGGAAGUUGCUGAUCCAACGGAUCUAAGAUACUCGAGUGCCAGUGCUCUUUCACCGCCGGAUUCAUCCCUGGACGAUUUGGAAGAGUACGGUGAUCUAGGCGAAGAAGAAGACGGAGAAGAGGAAGAAGAAGGAGCAAUGGACGGUUCGGAAGGAAGUGGAGGUGGAGCCGUUAGAAAACCUCACUUUUUGGAUUACGAUAAUAAACCACCGGUCGGGUUGGAGGAUCAAGUGGUGUUCGUUGGCCAACCGAACCGACGACGGCGAAGCAACGGUCGAAACGAUGAAGGACGAUGCGAGGAUGCGAUCACUCAGAGUGUCCUAAUCGAUGGCGAUGGAACGGCCAGUUUGCGAAGUAUGAAGGAUGUUGGCCGAGGCACUUGGCCUUCCGCUGCGUCGUCAUCGACUGGUGCGGGUGGUGGUCCGAACAGUGCCAGUAGCAUCACCGAUGCGAUGCGAUUCGAGUGCGUUUAUUCACUGUUUUCAAUGCUCGGUUCUACUAACUCCCUGGAGCGAUCGACCAAACUGAUGCAACUGUCCAAAAAUCGGGAAACGUGCAGCGCCCUACGCUGCUCGAUUCCGCUGCUAGUGCAAAUAAUUCACAACGAUCCGAACGAGACGGCCCGGAAAAAUGCCCGCCUAGCUCUGAACAACGUGGUCUGCUGUCACCCGGAUGACAAAGCCGGUCGACGGGAGGUCCGUGUUAUGAAAUUGAUCGAACAGUUGAUUGACUAUUCGGAUCUGCUGAGAGACUACAGCGACGAAAGCCCGCUGGAAGUGCGGGACAUAAUCGAAGACCCGGAAAAGCACCCGAUUCAGCCGAUCACGACACUGAUGAAGAUCAGUUUCGACGAAGAACAUCGGCAUGCCAUGUGUCAACUGGGAGCACUGCAAACAAUCUCCACGCUCAUCCAACUGGAUCAUGCCGUGCACGGAGCGAAUCCGACCGUUCCCAAGUGUGUUACCAUGCGACGGUACGCCGGUAUGAUCCUGACGAAUUUAACCUUCGGCGACGGAAACAACAAGUCCCUGUUGUGUUCGAACAAAAGCUUCAUGCGUGCCCUGGUGGCCCAGAUACAGUCCAGCAGCGAUGAGUUGGUCCAGGUUACGGCUUCCGUUCUGCGCAAUCUAUCCUGGCGAGCGGAUAGCUCGAUCAAGCAAACUUUAAGCGAAAUCGGAACCGUGAAAGUCCUGACCCGAGCGGCCAUGAUCUGCUCGAUCGAAAACACUUUGAAAGCCAUUCUGUCGGCUCUGUGGAAUCUUUCCAAUCACUGUCCACCGAACCGGUCGGAGUUUUGUGAAGUGGAAGGUUCACUGGAAUUUCUCAUCGAUAUGCUCAGCUACGAAGCUGCCAGUAAAACGAUGAGCGUAAUCGAAAAUGCCGGUGGAAUUCUGCGGAACAUUUCUUCGCACAUUGCUUUGCGGGAGGAUUAUCGGAAAAUAUUGCGGAAGAAAAAUUGUUUGAAAAUUUUACUAGAACAACUGAAAAGUCCUAGUCUGACCGUGGUCAGCAACGCUUGCGGAACGUUGGGUAAUCUGUCGGGUGAAAAUUACGAAGACCAGCGCUUUCUGCGGGAAAACGGUGCCAUUCCGAUGUUACGAUCGUUGAUCUACAGCAAACACAAGAUGAUUUCCAACGGUAGCAGUAUGGCACUGAAGAAUCUUCUGAAACCACCGUCGACCGCGGCAGCUCCGGCCAGUCUUCCGAUUACGAUUCAGCAGAGACAGUUGUCCGCUUCCGGUGGCACGGCGGAUGUGAAGGAACUACCGAGUCUUACGGCGCGCAAGAAUAAAGCCCUGGAACAGGAAUUGGAGGACAAAUUUCUUCCCAAAGCUUUGCGGGCAGAGGAGAAGGAAGUUUGUUCCGGUGGACAUUCUCAAGUCCGACAGUCGGAAGAAGGCGAAGAAGACGAUCAGGACGUCGUAAAUCACGAAUCGAUACAUAUUCGGCUAGUGGCGAAUGAUCAACCACCGGAUGAGGAUACGGAACGACCGGUGAAUUACAGUUUGAAGGAAGAGGAAGUCUAUCAGGACUACCAGGAAACGGAUAUCGACCAAAUUACGGACUACUCGAUUCGCUACGCGGAGAACCAAUCGGAAGAAUCGGACGAUGAAAAGGUGGAAAAUUAUCGUCAGUCGAAUCGAGUCAACGGGAUUUUGAUGGCCGAAGAUUCGGUCAAGUGCUACUACACCGAGGGUACUCCGCAGAUCAUUUCCAGUGCAACGUCAAUGAGUGACCUACGGGUACAAUUGAUGGUAGGAGGAACAACACCGGCUUCUGCGGCCGUUGCUUCUCCGAAGGAGGAAGAAGAACCCGACGUUGGUGAGGCUCCCAAACUCGAACCCAUGCAGCUGCCCAUUGUAAACGGUGGCGGCGAACAGCAAGAUCGAUCGGCAGGUGGCACGGCAGAAGGUGCCGCAGAAGGCGAGGACACUCCCGAUAGACCGUUCAACUAUUGUGAGGAAGGUACACCGGACUUCAGCCGAGACGAGUCGUUGAAUGCACUGGAGUUGAGUGGAGAUCGGGAACACGCCCUCUCGGCGAAACCCCCGGAAACGGAACCACCCGACCAGACCGUGCCCAGUACGCCCGGGUGCAAACAGGUUUCGUUUCUGAACACCGCCGAGGAAACUCCACUGAUGUUUUCUCGCACCAGUUCGAUGGGUUCGCUGUCCAGUGCGGAACCGGCCGUCUGCGUCGACGACAAAUCGUCCAUCGUCAGCGAGUUCAGUCGGUUGGCGUCCGGUGUUAUUUCACCCUCGGAACUGCCGGAUUCACCGACGCAAAGUAUGCCGCACUCACCGAGACGCAGCAUGGUGCUGAAACCGGUCGAUGUCAAACAGAACCAUCCGGUCGGCGGUGGUGGUGGUGGUGGUGGGAUUAAAAGUGCUUUCGAGGACACGGUCAGUAAGUUUAACGUGGAAAACACACCGGCGGCUUUUUCCUGUGCCACAAGUCUAAGCAAUCUCAGUAUGGAUGACAAGGAGGAUGAAGAAUCGAAAUUGAUUACGUCUCAAGCGGUGGAGGGACCACCGGCAUUACCGGUUCCGGAAGCGGGCGUUUCCGAAGAUGGUGUUUCGGAUGAUGACGAUGAUGAUGAUGAUGAUGAUGCAGGUGGGGACGAUGAUCUUUUGCUGGCGUCUUGUAUCAGUAUGGGAAUGAACGGCAGUCGGAUGGCGCGGAGCUCGGAUUAUCAGAUGGAGCCGGGUCACCGCGAACCGGAGGAUUCACUGCGAAGAUUCUGUACAGAGGACACUCCGGCCAGAUUGUCGAAGGCGACCAGCAAUUGUGAUUUGAGUGUGCUGUCGAUGGAAAAUGGACACGAAUCGGACGAAAGUUCUAACGGUUCCGAUAGGAACGAUCGACUGUUGGAGGAAUGCAUUCGAAGUGGCAUGCCGAAACCGAAAAAUACGGAAACAUCCACUUUGACGGUGAAUGCUGUGCGCAAAAUGAAUGGCAUCUCACCGGUUGUUAAAGAAAAUCCCAUGAAUAUGAUGAGAAAUCCGGUCCAUAUGGAACCACUGUACGCAAAUGACGAAGUCAGCAAUUUUUACGUGGAGGAUAGUCCCUGCGCUAUGUCGACGGUUUCGGCGUUGUCUGAUUUGACGGUGGCCACCGAAGCGACGGGAGGUGGAGCUCAGAAAAUUCUUCGAAUUUCGACAUUGAAAGGUAAACAGUUGGAACCGUUACCGCAACCACCUUCCGGAGUAGCAGCUGUGCGUGCUUCGGCAUCCAAUGGCUCACUGAGCUCACUGUCGGUUGACUCCGAUGACCAUUUGGUGGAUGAGGCGAUCGCAGCAGGAAUGGAUUUUUCCACCAGCAAAGCCAAAACCAAUCAGUCGUCGUCAUUCCAACAUGUGCGCGAUUUACUUCCACCGCCGGCGAACAGAAUGACCUCGGCAGCCACCGAUGCUAACGAUUCGCUCGAUUCCAUCGAUUCGGUCGAUUCGAAUGACCCGCAGAAUAACUCCCUGCUGGAAGAAUGCAUCGAGAACGGAAUGAAAAAGCUGACGGAGAAACAUGUUGACGAUGGUUUUGAACUACGAGCCGGUAUGAACUUCACCCAGCUGGGUAUGCGAGCUUCGGCACCCGUUCCGGCACCGGAUGAAAGCAUUCCGGACUCCGACCGGGACUACGAUCUGCUGAUGGAGUGCAUCAAGAGUGGCAUGCCCAAAGGUAAAAACAGUCAGCUAGCGAUCGAACUGACUCAGAACCUGCAACGGUUGGCCAUCUCCGGGGCAGCCGCCACAAAUCCUGCACACGCCAAUCACGUCAAUCCGUCGUCGAAUCCAAAAAACGUGGACACUACGCCUGUGGUUACGAAGGAUGCCGGUGCCACCAACGUAAUGUCAGCAGGCGUAGUACCAAUCACAACAACAACAACAGCAGCAGCAGCAGCAGACACAACAGUCGGAGGAAACAACUGCUCCAUCAUCACGGCAGUGGAACAACCGCGAACACGUCGUCAGGACGUCACCGACAUCAUCACCAGCAGCACCAUACCAUCCUCCACUAUCCCCACCAUAAUCAGCAACAGCAGCAUCAGCAACACUCCCACCAUCAGUCGCACCAUCAUCAUCACAAAAAGCGAACCAGUUUCUCCAUUCCGACGGCAGCCAUUGUCUCCAUCCCAGUCAGCACAACGGCAGCAGCAGCAGCCGCUACGUCAGCAUCAGCCCCUGCCGCUAGUUUCUUCCACCACGCCGGGUCCGAGUGGAUAUGAGAAUAUGUUGGAUCGGUCGAACGAGUUCCCGGCGGGAUUUUCGCACAGUUCGGAUGCUGCCACCCUGGGAGGGUUGAUUUCACCGCUCGCACCAAGCGGUGCUGGUGGAACCGGCGGUGUUGGCUGCAGCAGCGAAAUGGAAAUUUCCAACGAGUUUAUGAUCGAGCAGAGUGUUUCGUCCGAUUGCGGUCUCCAGGAUAAGCACAAGGAUCCUGAUCUGAUGCUGAAAUCGGUAGAGCGGCUUACCCAGGAAUUGGUGUCGACGGCGGAAUAUCUCCGAACGGUUUCUUCCAGUGGAGGCGGUGGUUGCGGCGGCGGCAACGGUGGUAGUGGAACGGCCGGCGGUAAUACCUGGGAUGAGGAUAUUACCUGUUCGAAUGAUGUUUCGUUUCCGAGUUUGAGCGUACAGGCACCGAAGAUCGGACACUCGGCCGGGGAGGACGAAGACACAGCGACUAUCAGCGAUGAGGUUGACUCCAAAGCUCUGGAUGCUUUGGAAGAACAAACCCCGAAUCAUGAGGCGAAAGGUGGAAGCAACGAGGACUUGCGCCGGGAUGAAAUUCACUUCCAGCUGGGUGGUCAGGUGCAACACCCGACGUUGAUGGGUGGUGGUGGUGGUGGUGGUGGCGGUCACCACAAUCUAGCGCAGGGUUCCGAUGGGCUGUCGGGUUUCAGUACCGUGUCGACGUUGACCAACUCGACCGUCAUUGCGAUGGAAGCGACGCGUGUUGCUAAUGAGCUGCAGAACCUGGCCAUCGUCGAGAGUGCCGAUGUCGAUCUGAGCAAGAUAAAUCCGCCGUUCUACGGGUCCGAAAGUAUUCUGAUAUCGGACUGUUCGGAUUCGGAGAUGACGUACAGAAAUGACUCGCGUAAGAUUUCACUACCGAGCGGGUUCGUGGCCAAACGGGCGCUCGGGCAAGCUUUCAACGAUAGUUUGAACUCGUUGCACAAUUUGGACAGUAUUGGACCGCCGUCGUUGAUGGACGAACUGAUGGAUUCGAUGAUUAGCGUGGCGAGCAUCACUUCCGAGGUGGUUGACAUGGACAGUGGUCACGCGGGAACGAUUUCAGCUGCUUCCGAUCAGAACUUUUCUUCUGGGAAUUCCAGUUUGACUUUGAACAGCAGUGUGGAAAAUUUGAUCAAGUUUUCUCCGACCAUGAAUGCCGGACUGACCGUGACUCCGGGGGGAAGAAGCACUCCGAUGAGUCCGAAAAGAGCCGAACGGCGACAGGCGAUGAAGGACCGCUACAAGACUUACACGAUUCCGACUGGGAAGUUGGUCGAUCUGAAUCAGGCACCGGAGGAUGCUAGCGCAUCUGAUUCUCAGACUCCAACGCCUAGUGCACCGUCGACGCCCUCACCGAAGAAAACAUCGAAAGAACGCCGCCAAGAGAACAAAUCUCGCUACGAGACCCAAGUCAUCAACACCAGCAUUCUUCCGAUCGCUGACAAUCUUCCUCGCACUCCGGUGGCCACAAUAAUCGCACAACCGGCAGCAUUUUCUCCGCUGGUACUGCAAUCACCGGCACCGAUGUCUCUGGAGCGGGUUCUUUCCCCGGAUCCGACCCUGGAUCUCGCCGGCGACGACGACGAGUACGAACCGAUGACUUACACCAUUGCUGACGCCCAUAGACGGAGCUCUUUUGAACAGAAGCUUCCCACUAUUCCGGCACAGGAAGUCGGUAAAACAGCACACGUUAAAACUUCACAGUCUAGUCCGAACAAGACUCCUGUUCCCGCGAAAGCAGUAACCAGCAAAAUAAAUCCGUCUCCUGUUCCCGUUCCGGAGAGCUCGAAAGUCGUUCGUGGAACUAAAAAACCAGCGUACGUUUCACCUUACCGAAGACAGGUGAGCUCUGCUCCGACAGUCCCUGCUAGAGCUGCGGGUGCCGCCGCAUCGACCAGACACACUGUUCCGGUAGCACCACUGGCUACUCCCAAACUGAGAAGUCAAAGUUCGCUUGUCGAAGUGAAAACGCGACCACAGCCCUUGAAAGCACGGGCUAGCAUUGGAUCGAAACGCAAUUCACUCGAAAUGAACGGAAACGGAUCGGUCAGGAGUAGCAACAGCAGUAGCAGUUCGGACAUACACAAGAUCCGUGAUCGUCAGUCGUCCUGCGGCGUAAUCGGAAGCGCUGUCAAAGCAAAGCCAACAGUCACGGAACCGCACCUCAUUCGUCAAGGUACAUUCACUCAGGACGAACCGACAAUUCCGGAAGUACCGAUAGUAACAUCUGCUCCUUCGACGCCGGCUAAAACUCUGCGCAGGCCGGGUUCAAUGAUUCCGAGUUCGGCUUCUUCGUCGCGUCUCAGCAGUACCAGCAAAACCCGUCUGAGUCUACACAAAAGCAUCAGCAUGGACGCUAGUAAAACUGUUCCGGGUAGUCCGACAACGGGAACUCCCAGUGGUGAAAGUACACCGCUUAGUAGCAGGUUCCGUUUGACCUCAGCCCGGACAUCGCUAGUCGAUUAUAAAAAACCGAACACCGGUGGCAGCGGAGGUCGUUUCAGUACCCCGAUUAGUUCCAAUUCAUCAAAUGAACAGAUUGCCAAUGGAGUCAAUGGAACCACUCCGACCAGUCCCAGCACGAUGAUACCGAUGCGGCGCAAGAGUAGCAUUGCGCUACCGAAGCGAACCAAUUUGACGGUGAAAUCCAACUCGGAUGUGUUGAAGGGCAAACUGGAGGGCGUUCGGAAUGCGUUCGUCCGAACGGCGGCUUCAGCAGUAAAGACCGGAACUCGUUAAGGUGGAGCAGGGUUUCGCGCUCCCUGCACAUGGAUGAUUUUAUGCUUGUUGCGUCUCCAGUAGCACAAAAACGAAGUUCAUUUUCCGAAACAAAGACGUGAGAGCCAGCCCCUAAAACGUGGUGGUUCCAAGAAAAUUGUUAUCAUUCAACGUAUCAGUUGCCACCAAAUAAAAUAAAGCAGCGCAAAAUGGCACAAGAUGUACCAACAAAGGUUCCUUCAAGAAGAGAUUUAUUCAUUCGGUUUUCUGUUUUUUUCUUUUACCACCAAAAACGAGCGAAGAAAAAAAAGAGUGAGAAAAACGUUUCAACCACUCGAAGAUACGGAGGGUGAAACUCCUCGAAAGCCAUUCCCAUUCAGUUUUUUUUAUUUCACCGAGUACAGAGUUCGCCACUCGGCACACGGCGAGGAAAGUCAACCAAUCGAAAUCGAGACAGAUAUUAAGGGGAGGGGAGGAGAAAACUUAUUACCGAAUAUUGCAUAAAAUUAAAACACGAAAAACCAAUUAUUCUAGUCCCAGCAGAAGAAAAAAACGUUCAUCGACAGUCUUGAGCAAACAGAACAACAAAAAACGUUGAUAGAAGAAAAAAUAGACAAGUAUGUCCUUCUGUGUCCUGGAGAACACGCCAGCACAGAGGCGGACACCGACGAGACGAGACGAGACCGGAGAGGCGUUAGUAAUUAAGUUUUGUGAUUAAUAAAAAUUGCUGAAGCAGACAAAUUUGUACUACUGAAUGGAUUAUAUGCUUAACUUUUGAACCAAUGUAGACUCUUGGAUAAUAACUCAAGCGUGUUUUCGCCAUCAUUACUCUCUGAUUAUUAUUAUUAUUAUUAUUAAAUAGUUAUCUUGCUGCGCGUUCGCUACCCCACUACUAUAUCCGGAAUAGCAGUUGCUUCAGUGUUGAUGAUAAUUAGCAUUUGCAUGGUGCACCGCUUUAGGUUCGAGUUAUUAUUUCAGGUGAAGAAAGUAGAUAUAAACGGCGGGCAAGGUCAUGUUUCUCGACGACUAAUUUUACGACAGUUUUAUAUUUACGAUAUAUUUUUCUGUUCGCUCCGCGCGCGUUCUCCCGCCGUUUGUUUUUAUUGGUCGCUGUUUGCGAGGAAUCCGCUUUUUUUUAAGAGAGCAACUUUUCAAAUUCAGCUCAGAGUUACUUUGGUUUUUUAUUGUUUUAAAAGUAGCGGUUUUCCCCACACCUAUACGUUCAUAUCAGACUGUAAAGCGGAUGCAAUGCGAUUAACACUAUUCAUAAAAAAAAACCAACAGUAA